UAAACCCAGGCCCUUGAUAAAAAAAAAAAAUAAAAAAAAAAAAAGUAAACCUAGCCCCCCAUAGUUUCAUAUUCGGAGUUCCAGACAGUUACACAAUACAGAUAGCAGAGAACACGAAAGAUCUCAUGGCUCCUAACACCCAAAACACCCCAUUGCUAGAUCACGACAUUGAGGUUGCCGUUUCGGAAUCCAAAGCCUCUUCCUCCCCAACCGCCAUCAGAUCCUCCACCACCGGCGGCUGGCGGUCCGCCUCGUUUAUAAUAGGGGUGGGAUUUGCGGAGAGGUUUGCGUUCUAUGGAGUCAGCUCGAACCUCAUAACGUUCCUGAGUGGGCCAUUGGGGGAGUCGACGGCGACGGCGGCGGUGAACGUGAACACGUGGUCAGGAACGGCGGCUUUACUUCCUAUGUUGGGAGCCAUUGUCGCCGAUUCAUAUCUCGGUCGCUACCGUACCAUCCUGCUUUCUACUCUGCUCUACAUCUUGGGGCUAGGCUUGUUGACAUUUUCAGCCAUGCUUCCUUCCCUCAGUGGUUCUGCAUGCGAAAAGACCGAUGAAUUCACUCCCUGUUACUCUCAGCUCCAAGUAAUGUUCUUCUACUUCUCUCUGUAUCUGGUAGCAGUAGGGCAAGGUGGAAACAAACCUUGCAUACAGGCUUUCGGAGCUGAUCAGUUCAGUGGACAAGAUCCAGUGGAGAGCAAAGCCAGGAGCUCAUUCUUUAAUUGGUGGUACUUCGGUAUCUGCUCAGGCUCCUUAUGUACGCGAUUGAUAUCAAGCUACAUACAGGACAACUUCAGUUGGGUUCUGGGAUUCGGACUUCCUUGCAUUAUGAUGAUCCUUGGACUAUUUGUUUUCUUACUUGCAACAAGAACUUAUCGGUAUAGCAUCAUAGGCAAUGGACAAAGCCCAUUUGGCAGAAUCGUCAAGGUGUUUAUUGCUGCAUUUAAGAACUGGCGAGCUAGUACUACAUCGGAACCUCAAGGAAACAUGCAUCAUCGAAGUUCUGAACAAUUCAAAUUCCUCAACAAGGCAUUGCUAGAACCAGAUAGUAACUUGAAGGAAGAUAGGAAGCAGUGUACUGUCUUCGAGGUAGAAGAAGCAAAGGUUGUUCUUGGUCUUGUUCCGAUAUGGAGUACAUGCUUGGUAUUUGCAAUUGUUCUUGCCCAAAUGCCAACUUUCUUCACCAAGCAAGGGGAUACUCUGGACAGAACAAUUAAAGGAGGCUUUGACAUUCCAGCCGCUUCACUCCAGUCUUUUACCAGCCUCAUCAUUAUUCUCUUCAUUCCUUUGUACGACCGCAUUUUUGUUCCUAUUGCAAGUGCUUUAACUAGGAAACCCUCUGGCAUUACAACGCUACAAAGAAUUGGAACUGGGAUAUUUUUAUCUGCUAUUUCCAUGAUAGUUGCAGCUUUAGUUGAGAAGAAAAGGCUUGAAACUGCUCAAGAGUAUGCUCUGGUUGAUGUUUCACAUGUUACAAUUCCAAUGGGCGUGUGGUGGUUGAUUCCUCAGUACUUGUUGAUUGGAGUGUCUGACGUUUUCACGAUGGUUGGUCUGCAAGAGUUUUUCUACGAUCAGGUACCAAAUGAACUAAGAAGUGUAGGAGUUGCCCUCUACCUCAGUAUCUUUGGUGUAGGAAACUUUAUGAGCAGCUUUCUUAUCUCGGCCAUAGACGAAGCAACCGGCGGAGUAGGCCGAGCUAGCUGGUUUUCCAAUAACUUGAAUCGUGCACAUCUUGAUUACUUUUACUGGCUACUUGCUGGACUCAGUGUAGUGGAACUGGGUGUCUUCACAUAUUUUGCAAAAUCUUACAGAUAUAAAAGUGGAGGUACAAUAUAGAAAGUGACCUCUGUGUACCUAUUGCAGUUAGGAAGUAAUGUUCUUGUUAGAUAAAACGAUCAGUGUGUCCUCUUGGUUAUGUAAUCUUAGAUUGGUAGAGAUUGUAACUGUGAUGCGGUUUUAAAUAGCAAGCGUAAGAUGAUAGGACGUAUGGUAAUUUAAA